AACGAGGUCGAUUUGCCGGAACGCGAGUCACGUGACCCAAACAAAACUGACACGCGGGUCGGUUUGUAGUGAGAGUGUUUCAUGGCAGCUAGAUCGCGAGUGUUGUGGUUGGGGAAAUACCACAGAAAUACCGACGGACAUGUAAGGAAUUUCUCCUGAACACAGGAUUUGACUCCUUUCGAAUCUAGAGUUAAACAGUGUAAGGAGUUUGAAACCCAUCUGUGAUGCUGCAGCAGGCAACGUCAUCCCCGAUGUCGUUCCUGUCCUGCCUGCUGUACAUCAUCGCCAACAUCACGGCCAUGUUCCUAUAUUGGCUGUAUCAACAGGCUCGGGAGAAGAAAGCACAACAGGACAGCAGCUCCGAUGAAGUCGAUGGAGAUGGAAUGGAGGUUCGCCAGCCAAUCCGAUUCAAGAACCAGCCAUCUUUACUGGCAAUGCUGGGAUUGGAGCCGUACCAUUCACACACAUUCUUUGCUUUUGAAGACCAUUUUCAUUCUUUUGAAGCAGUCAGCAAGGGGUGCAAGCGAGCCGGUUUGGAAAAAUGUAGUCUAAUAAUCGGUGUGGACUUCAGCGCCAGCAAUGAGUGGCAAGGAAGGAAAUCAUUUAGUGGUCAGAACCUUCACCGGGUGAUCUCAGGAAAAAUCUAUAAUCCAUAUCAGAAAGUGAUAUCCAUCAUAGGAAAGACCUUAGAGCCAUUUGAUGAGGAUAAUUUGAUCCCAGCAUUUGGUUUUGGCGAUAGUUCCACGAUGGGUAAAGGAACAUUCCCCUUUAUGCCAAAAUCAGAACCGUGUUGUGGUUUUCAAGAGGUGCUUGACCGUUACAGCGAUAUAGCCACAAGGAUAACAUUAGGUGGCCCUACAAACUUUGCUCCAAUUAUUUACAAAGCAAUAGAGAUCAUCCAGAAGCUCCGCACCUACCAUAUUUUGAUUAUCAUAGCAGACGGUCAGGUUAAUGAGGAGGAUACCACAAUACAAGCAAUCGUUGAGGCAUCUAAUUACCCCUUGAGCAUCAUCGUCGUCGGUGUGGGCGACGGACCUUGGGAUAUAAUGGAAAACUUCGAUAACUUUCUACCGCAGCGCAAGUUCGAUAAUUUUCAAUUUGUGAAUUUUCACGGGGUUACUACCAAAGCAAGAAAUCCAGAAACAUCUUUCGCACUUCAUGCCCUGAUGGAAAUUCCUGAUCAGUUUAAGACCAUCAAAUCUCUAGGAUACAUAGAAAAUGGUGCCGAGGGAAUACAUAACGUGGUCAAACGGGAAAACUAGAAGAAAUAAUUCACUAGAAUGAGUUUUUCAGUUGCUUGAAGGCAUGGAAUUUUGUGGGAAACUUCAAGAAGAGUAUGAAUCUUGACAGAGGUCAUGGAGUUUUGGUGAUGAAGGAAUAAAUAAUGCAACGAAUACCAAUAGAUCCCAAGACUUGGAGCAACUGGAGUUAAGUGUUUGUGCCAUUAUUUUGAAGAAAAUUGCUCACUUAGGAACUCCAUUAGUGGAAUAAUUUCAUCCAGAAAUUCAGGAAAAUAUCAAUAGCAGUGUUGGGAUGUAUAAUGGAACAACUGAUGGAAUGUAAAGAGUUUUUUGUGCAUGUUUGAUGUAUGAAAUAUUACUUUCUGAUCAGUGGAUAUACGACUUUGUUCUUUGGAAGAACAUCUGAUAUUUGCAGGGGCGACAGGGUUUUUAUAAUAAACGCUAAAUCUACCCAGAAAAUUCUUGAAAACAGAUGAUGCUUGAGACUACUGAAAAAUGAAGAAAUUGUCUAAGUUACAUUUGUGCAAGGUGUCUAUAAAAAACAAUAUUUCAGGCCAAAGUUUGAUUUUAAAAAUUAUCUGGUUUUGCAGCCAUAGCAGAAAAACUCAAAUACGAAAACUAGUGCCAUACAAAAUCCAAGUCCUCCAUUCCCCCAAACCAACCCAAUAGUUAACCCCUUUGGUUCUAGAAUAUCAAUGGCAGUAGGUGCUCAUACUACUCCAGUUUGGUUCUUUUGAAGGAGAACUUAGUCUUUGAUGUACAAUUUCCAAUUCAAGACUGGGUAUUCACUGACAUUAACUCUUUUUGCAUUAUAUUUCUAACCUUCUUUGCUUUAAGCAGCUGUUUUGGGGUAAGGUUAGAGUAUUAUUCUUGCUAAAUGAUGAGUAUACUUCACUGAUGACUAAAAUGUGUGACAUUUUCAAACUGACCUGGGCCUCCUGUCACAAAUCACUAAGGUGAUCGUAAGUCACUAAGGUAACCUUAGAGUGGGAGUAAGGUUAACCUUAGUAAAGGUUGCUUCAUGAAAGGAGACCCUGUGCAUUAUUGAUAAUGGGAGAAGAAAGGAUGUUUUCAUAAUUCUCCAAAUUUGUCAAUUUUGACCCAAAAUUUGAAUUUUUGUAAAUUGGAAUAAAAUAAAACAAAGAUACAAGAAUCUGUUGGUAUUUCCAAAGUGGAAAAUGUCAACAAUCUGGGCUUUUCCCCAAUAUCUAUCAUGAGAGAACUGAAAUAUUGUUCAAGUGGAACUCUCACUGUGAUUCACUCACUCACUUUGUGUUUGGUGCUAUAUGUGUCAUUGUGUCUCUUAGUGAUGUUUGUACAGGAAUCCUGGUGUGGUUUAUUAUGGAAGAAGAUGUUUUAUCAAAGUUCAAGAUAAAUGAGCAAAACGUUUCAAGUGGUAUUUGUGAUAUUAUGCAGAUGUAAAUAUGACAAGGAUGUAUUUGAUGAUAAGGAUGUAUAUUGACAUGUGUGUGGUAUAUGUGAUAUUAUGAAGAUGUAAAUAUGACAAGAGUGUAUUUGAUGAUAAGGAUGUAUAUUGACAUGUGUGUGGUAUAUGUGAUGUUAUGAAGAUGUAAAUAUGACAAGGGUGUAUUUGAUGAUAAGGAUGUAUAUUGACAAUGUGUGGUAUGUGUGAUAUUAUGAAGAUGUAAAUAUGACAAGGGUGUAUUUGAUGAUAAGGAUGUAUAUUGACAAUGUGUGGUAUGUGUGAUAUUAUGAAGAUGUAAAUAUGACAAGAGUGUAUUUGAUGAUAAGGAUGUAUAUUGACAUGUGUGUGGUAUAUGUGAUGUUAUGAAGAUGUAAAUAUGACAAGGGUGGAUUUGAUGAUAAGGAUGUAUAUUGACAUGUGUGUGGUAUAUGUGAUGUUAUGAAGAUGUAAAUAUGACAAGGAUGUAUUUGAUGAUAAGGAUGUAUAUUGACAUGUGUGUGGUAUAUGUGAUAUUAUGCAGAUGUAAAUAUGACAAGGAUGUAUUUGAUGAUAAGGAUGUAUAUUGACAUGUGUGUGGUAUAUGUGAUAUUAUGCAGAUGUAAAUAUGACAAGGAUGUAUUUGAUGAUAAGGAUGUAUAUUGACAUGUGUGUGGUAUAUGUGAUGUUAUGAAGAUGUAAAUAUGACAAGGAUGUAUUUGAUGAUAAGGAUGUAUAUUGACAUGUGUGUGGUAUAUGUGAUGUUCAUGAAGAUGUAAAUAUGACAAGGAUGUAUUUGAUGAUAAGGAUGUAUAUUGACAUGUGGUAUAUGUGAUGUUCAUGAAGAUGUAAAUAUGACGAGUGUAUUUGAUGAUCAGGAUGUAUAUUGACAUGUGUGUGGUAUAUGUGAUGUUCAUGAAGAUGUAAGUAUGACAAGAGUGUAUUUGAUGAUAAGGAUGUAUAUUGACAUGUGUGUGGUAUAUGUGAUGUUAUGAAGAUGUAAAUAUGACAAGGAUGUAUUUGAUGAUAAGGAUGUAUAUUGA